UCAUAUCUUUUGUCAACCUUUUUCUGAUGUUCUCCAAACUCGAGCCUUUACGGAUCUGUGAAAUUACUGGUCGUAACUCGAAUUUGAUCCAAACUACGAACCAGAUCUGCAACGCAGAGACUUCUCCGCCACUGUGAUUCUUCGAGAUCAGAUCUGCUCCCACGCGCCUUUUGUUGAAUUUCCUCUUAAAUUAAUUCUUCAAAUUGUGUUUAUUGGUGUAUUAACGCCAUGAAGAAGAAGCUCGAUACGCGUUUCCCUGCUGCUCGGAUCAAAAAGAUAAUGCAAGCUGAUGAAGACGUUGGAAAAAUCGCCAUGGCUGUUCCAGUUUUAGUUUCAAAAGCUUUGGAAUUGUUUCUGCAAGAUCUUUGUGACAGAACAUAUGAUAUAACUCUACGCAGAGGUGCAAAAACUGUUAACUCACUGCAUUUAAAGCACUGUGUACAAAGCUACAAUGUAUUUGAUUUUCUGAGGGAAGUUGUGAGCAAGGUCCCUGACUAUGGCCAUUCUGAUGCUGCUGCUGGUGGUGCUGUUGGUUCUGGUGAUGAUCGUACCAUGGUAAAGAGGAAGAAGAUUGCUGCUGAUGAAACAAAUGAAAGUGAUGAAGAGUUGAAAAGAAACAGGAUGAAUGAAGCAAGGCAAACAGGCAGCAAUGGUAGGGGGAGAGGGCGGGGUAGAGGAAGGGGCAGGGGCCGGGGGAGAAGCUCAGCAGAUAGAGAGGCUCCCCAAACAGAUAUUGAACUCGAAUCCUGCACGCCAUUGAUUCCACCAACCACCACCACCGCCGCCACUGCUGCCGCUGCUGCCACCACCGCGAUCAGUGAUGGUGGUCGGGACUUUGAUUUGAAUACUGGGGUUGAUGAGAACAUGGAGAAAGCAUCCGAUGGGUUAGACGGAGGAGCACCACCACCACCGCCGCCGCCGCCAGAGUCAGUUCCUGGUGGUGGUGAUGGUGGCUCAGAGGCGGCUGAAGUUAAAAACGAAGAUUAUCUUGGGACAUCGCUUUCGGAAAUGGACAGGAUGGUGAUUGACACUGGAAAUCUUGGACAAAUCAACUCAAGGUUGGAUGAGGAAGAUGAAGAUUAUGAUGAAGAAUAAUUGGUAAAAUACCAAAUUUUCCAUAUGUUCUUUUCUUAUAAAUGUUUUACUCUAAAUUUUCUGAUUUUUUUUUAUCCAUGUUGGUGUAUUGAAAGGGCAUUUAUCCAUUGUUGUAUUUUGGAUCAGAAGGCCCUUUUACAGUACCCAUGUAGGUAGUAUGUAGUAGCUAGUAUUAUGAAUGAUUGAUUGCUUGAAGCAUUCAGAUA